AUGAUUUUUACCGAGGAUCUGUGGCUACUGCUCCACCAACUCCUUCCAAAAACUUCUUUCUUCUCAGAAAAACCGUCCUUCUACCAGAACUUUCGGGAAUCGAUGAUGAACUCGACCUGCGUAGGCGCUGAGUUAGACCAGUGCCGGGACGAGUCAGCGGCAUUGGUUCUCAAAUGCGUCGCCAUCGCCUCCAUUCUCCUGGCUGGCAUGGCCGGAAUCGCGAUCCCCCUCGUCGGGAAACACCGCCGCUUCCUCCGCACCGAUGGCAACCUCUUCGUGGCUGCCAAGGCCUUCGCCGCAGGCGUGAUUCUGGCGACGGGAUUUGUCCACAUGCUCUCUGAUGCCACCGAAGCGCUCCAACACCCGUGCCUGCCUUCCUUCCCGUGGUCCAAGUUUCCCUUCACCGGCUUCUUCGCCAUGAUGGCCGCGCUCUUCACGCUCCUUCUCGAUUUCGUGGGAACGCAAUACUACGAGCGGAAGCAGGGGCUCAACCGCGCAACGGAGGAGCAGUCGCGGGUCGGGUCAUCCGAAUCCGUAUGGAAGGUGUUCGGAGAAGAAGAGAGCGGGGGAAUGCACAUCGUGGGGAUGCAUGCACAUGCUGCGCAUCAUGGACAUAACCACCCCCACGGCCAUGACUCGUGUCAUGGCAUUGGCAGCGACAAGGAACAAGAUGACGCUCAUGCCCAGUCCCAUGGACACGGACAGGGUCACUCCCACGCCCACGCCCACUCCAACAUUCUAGAAGGAGAAGAAACCGACGUUCGUCACGUCGUGGUAUCUCAGGUGUUGGAGCUUGGGAUUGUGUCUCAUUCGGUUAUAAUCGGGCUGUCUCUAGGGGUUUCUGAGAGUCCUUGUACCAUAAGGCCUCUGAUUGCGGCGUUAUCUUUUCAUCAGUUUUUUGAAGGGUUUGCGCUUGGAGGGUGCAUUUCCCAAGCGCAGUUUAAAGCCUCCUCCGCGACCAUAAUGGCUUGUUUUUUUGCACUGACUACACCGUUGGGUGUUGCCAUAGGUACGGCCAUUGCUUCAGGGUUUAACCCUUACAGCCCCGGUGCACUCAUCGCCGAAGGUAUUCUCGAUUCCUUCUCGGCGGGGAUUUUGGUGUAUAUGGCUUUGGUAGAUUUGAUAGCUGCGGAUUUUCUUAGCAAGAGAAUGAGUUGUAACUUUAGGCUGCAGAUAGUGUCUUACUGCAUGCUUUUCCUUGGGGCUGGAUUGAUGUCUUCCCUUGCAAUUUGGGCCUGA